AUGGCUUUAGAGAACAACAAAGCCAUGGGCUCAUCAACCAAAGAAAUUCUCACCACUGCUGCAUCCCUUGCAGCCUCGGCCAUGUUGUUUCACACCGUCAUCAAGGACUUCAUCCCUUCCAAAAUCCGUAACUACAUCUUCAAAGGGAUCAAAUACCUUCAUGAUCAUUUCUCCUCCGAACUCACACUUCUCAUCGAUGAGACAGAUGAAUACUCUCCGAACACCAUCUAUCAAGCAGCUAUGUCCUACCUCAACUCCAAGAUAUCUCCUUCAGUUAAAAGGUUAAGAGUGAGCAAACUAGGUAUCGACGAUAUCAAGUUUAAUGUCUCAUUGGAUCGGGGACAAGAAACCAUUGAUGUUUUUGAGGGGAUUCAGUUCCGAUGGCAUUUUGUUAGCACACAGAUGUCUAAGAAUUCUAGGCGAUAUAACAAUAUUGGGAGCCUUCAAAUAGAAGAAGAUACUGAGUUACGUUGCUUAGAACUCACAUGCAAUAUCAAGCACAAGGACAAGGUCUUUGAUGUCUACUUACCAUUCAUAUUAGACAGAUGGACUGCACUUAAGAAUAAAGGCAGAACGCUCAAGCUUUUUAUCAAUGAAAGGAAGAAUUGGUCUCCUGUGAAACUCCAUCACCCGGCAACAUUUGAGACAAUAGCUAUGGAUAUGGAGCUCAAGCGAACCGUGAUGGAGGAUUUAACGAAGUUUGUUCAAAGUAAAGACUACUAUAAGAGUAUCGGUAAGGCUUGGAAGCGUGGUUAUUUGUUGUAUGGGCCACCGGGAACUGGCAAGUCUAGCUUGGUUGCCGCCAUGGCGAACUUCCUCAAGUAUGACAUCUAUGAUCUUGAACUCACUGAAGUUAAGAACAACCUUUCUCUUAGAGGAUUACUACUUGGAAUUUCUAGUCGGUCAAUAAUUGUUGUUGAGGAUAUUGAUUGCUCAAUAACAAUGGACAAAAGAGACAUUCCCACUAAAGAUGGUGAUUGCGAGAAUAAAACAGUUACUCUAUCUGGAUUGUUAAACUUCGUUGAUGGUCUUUGGUCGAGCUGUGGAGAGGAAAAAAUAAUUGUUUUCACAACUAAUUAUAAAGAGCGGCUUGAUCCAGCGCUUUUGCGACCAGGGAGGAUGGAUAUGCACAUUUACAUGGGUUAUUGCAGCCCUUGCGCAUUUAGAACUUUGGCCUUCAACUACCACAAUGUGGAUGACCAUCCACUAUUUGAGGAGAUUGAAGCUUUGCUUAAAGACACGGAGGUCACUCCCGCCACUGUUGCAGAAGAGCUUAUGAGGAGUGUUGAUGCUAAUGUUGCACUGCAAGGUCUACUGCAAUUUCUUCAAUGUAAAAUAUCUGAUGCUAAUGAAACUAAAUGA